AUGCCGCCCUCUACCAAGAGGCGCAACCGGCGCAAGGAUGUUUUGCAUGAGUUGCCAGACACAGAUGCCCUGGAUUCAUCGCCAAGUCGCCGCUCUGUGAAAAAGAGAAAGGUUGAACACAAGCUAGAGCCAGAGCAUGAAGACCUCAGUGAACUAGUUUCAGGAGAUGAGAACGAUGCCUCUUCCCAUGAAAAUGAUAUUUCUACUGGGCAAGACCUUGUGGAUUCUGUGAUUUCGUAUCUCAGUGUAGCAAAAGAACCCGUGGCGGUGAUGGAUGAGCAUUCAAAUGCGAAAACAAGACAAGAGAACCAAGAGAGUGUCAAGGCCUAUGCUAAGAUAGCUGGGCGAGAGUGGACUUACUAUGUCAAAAGCCUCCACGUGAACAUUGGGCGGCCGCCAGACCGUGAACAGAAGCUUGAUGCGCAGUCCAGCCCAGUUGCUGUAGCAGCACAGGCAUUGCCUGAAGUUCAUAUUGAUUUGGGACCCAACAAGGUCGUUUCGAGAUUACAUGCGGAGAUUUAUUACGACGGUACCGAAGAGCCUCCUUGCUGGCGUAUUCGAGUCAAUGGCCGGAACGGAGCUCGACUCAACAAUUCGGUCUUGAAGCGCGGAACCAGCUCACAACUCAAAUGCGGCGAUGUCGUUGAGAUUGCUAAUACCCAAAUGAUGUUUGUCACUCCGGGCGACAGACCGGUGAUCCAUCCUUUCUUUAUAAAUAGGCUGCAAGGAUUGCAAGCUAUUGAAGAAACCGGUGCCUGGGACGCUACUUCACAUGCUCACCCCGAGCCUGUCGUCGCCAGCCGGCCUAUCCCAUUUACAUCUCAUGGUCAGCAACGGGUUAGUGGCAGGAAUGGAAUUGGGCCAGCGCAAACCGCGCUUGUGACUCCAUCCAAACGCCAGGCUACCCCUGCCAGUGCAAGGCCAAGGUCAAGAGGGGACGACACAGCUGUGAAACCUUCACCUCUGUAUAACCGUGGUAUGAUGAUGGAGAGCACCGAAGAGAUUGACUACAGCAGCGAUUCGGCCAAGGACUUGAAACCACCGUACAGCUACGCGACUCUCAUAGGCCAGGCGAUUUUCUCCUCCAAGGAAGAGAAGAUGUCGCUCAGCAAUAUUUACAAAUUUAUCAUGGAAAAAUAUGCCUUUUACAGGCAUAUCAACUCUGGGUGGCAGAAUUCAAUUCGCCAUAAUCUGUCCUUGAAUAAAGCUUUUCAAAAAGUUCCUCGCCGGACUGAUGAACCAGGGAAGGGCAUGAAGUGGCAAAUUGUCCCGGAAUACCGUGAGGAGUAUUGGAAAAAGGCCCAUAAGGGUACACAGUCCUCAGCUCCCUCGUCGCCCAUUGGAAAGGACAGUCCAAGUUUCAACAAAGGCAAUGGCCAAAGUAGCUUUGAGCAUCGCAUUGAGAGCUCUCAGCCUGCUCCUAGUGCAAGAGCCCCACAGACAGGUUCGCCGGCGUACCAUACAUUCUCAGUCGCACCGGUUGAGGCUUAUACGCCUGAUCGUGGCUCCCGAAGUGGCCGUGAUCGUGGACGGGACAUUGACGGUACCAACCCUGCAGAGACCCCUAUGCCAACGCGUCCACGAAAUGGAGAAGGAUCCCGGGCAUACGGACUCUCCGACAAUGUUGCUGGAUCUCCACCAGUCCUGUCAUCCUCUUACUACGAUGAUGCUGCGUCAUCCAUGAUCACCCCAGCGCCACUUCGCCAACAGCCUCGUCUAGCCCCACCAAGCACCGCUCAGAUUCCUUCCAAGUUCAUGCCCAUGAGUUCGCCAGCUCAGUUCUGGAAAUUCGCAGAUAUUGGCAGUACCCCAGCCAGGCCGACCGACAUUAGCCCUUUGAAGCCUGCUGGCGGUGAUUCUGGUCGUUGGGAUGGUGGGAGUGCGAUUCCAAGUAGUAGCCCGCCGCCCCCGCAUCUUGGGAGCCCGAGCAAGCCUGGCGGACCACAAGGGGCCCGCGGAAGGUUUGGUGCGAAUGGAAAUGAGAAGCGCAGGUGGGAAGACGAUGAGGAGGAGGAUGGAAAUGAGGCAGAGGGAUUUGACCUUGCACGUGGUUUUCAACCUAUAGGCUCUUACCAUCGGCAAAUGAGCAAUGCUGCAAGAGCAAGCGCUAGCGCGUCAACUACUUGA